CCUUGGGAAAGGCUGCAUGAACGAUGUGCGCGACACACAAUCAUCUUGGUGAAGUUGACAAACUUGAUCGAGUAGGAACGGGCAUGCCGGCGUUGGACGAUGCCAAGGGAAGGCUCACUUACAGCCAUCCCAGUGUCCACAGAACCACAGCACUACAGCAACAAAGACUCGAGCAUGGAGUCGACCAGACUGUGUGCAGCCGGAUGGCAGCCCCACAUUGGCGGAUCCAGUCGCCACUUGUUCCCUUCCAUCUGCAUGGUCGCCAGUCGGACGCACUUUUACCCUCAACUCUUGGGUCUGGCCGCUCUCUGUCGCUUGAGUCAAAGCCACUGUCUCUCCUCUCCAUGGCCAUUAUGGCCCCAUCGAAAUCCCAGAACGGAGGACAGGGCAUUCCACAUUAGCAAUGGUAGCGCCCUUGUGCUGGGUACGUCGCCUUGCGGUACUGGAGCUGCUGUGCUUGGCCGCCCUCCGUAACAGCGUGCACGCCUCGUGCGCCGGCGGCUCGACGACUCUCACGACUGAGGAGUGUACAGGUUGCGGAGACUACGACUUGUGUCUGGGUUACACGUCGGCUUCGAGCUGCUCUGGUUCUGGCUGGGAGACGGACGGAGACUGCACGUACAAGUGCCUGAGUGUGGACAAAAGCUCCGAGAAAUUGGUCGUGUUGGUGGAGUUCGGCACCUACAAAAGCGAAGAGGAGCUCGCAGCAGGCGGAUACACGCAGUCCGACUUGGCAGGUUAUCCGGAUGAGACGAGUGACUGGCCCUCGGUCUCUAACAAUGGUGUUACAGCACUAGGAAGGAUAAGUGUGUCCACUGCAGUCACCACUUUUAUCGCGUCAGGAGGGACGACAGCGAUGGAGUAUCCCAAAGGCAAGGUCUCCAAUAUUAUUUUAUCUUCAAAUGUGAUAUCAUCCGCGACGUCGGUGACCACGGUGGGGCUCAUAAAUCUCGCUCUGAAGAAUCAGAUCGACACAUUGUCAGCGUUUGUUCCGACGUCGGUAGAGUCUCUAGAUCUCAGCAACACACUCCUGCCGACCUUUCCAGCAAAGCUUAGCACUCUGCAAGUGUUGAAGGAGCUCGUGUUGGAUAACAACUACAUUACAACAGUAGACUCUACCAACGGGAUUGACUCCAUCACAACACUGAGCAUGCAAAACAACAAUAUUGCCAAUUUCUCGGCGGUUUUCGCGAAGGUGGAGAAUUUGUACCUCGGUGGCAACAACUUGACCAGUAUCCCUGAUGCAAUCUACAGCUAUUCCAGUCUGAAGACACUAAAUUUGACUGGAAAUCCACUAGCAUCCCGAGAUUUCACUAGUGAGCAGGCGAACUUUUUGAAUAGUCUGGAGACUUUGGAGCUGUCUGCAUCCGACUUCACUACUGACUCAGAUUGCUCAAGGGAGGGCAAAAUAUUCGAUGUGGCUGUGUGUAUUACCGAUGAUGGCUCUUUGACAACGAGUGCUACGACCAAUGGAGCUACUACCGCAGCGCCAAGUUCAGCUGCUUCAGAGGGAUCAGAUACUACCACGACUACCGAGUCUUCAUCUUCUUCCUCUUCGAUGAGCUGGAUCGUUGGAAUCGUCUGUGGAGUUUUGGUUGUUUUAUUCGCUGCGUUCGUUUUCGUCCUACAUCGACGCAAGGAACACAAGAAAGUGGACGUGUCGAUCGCGAGCGACACUGUCGGAUACAGCGAUCAUUUUUCGUCUACAGAUAAUUGGCAUCAGUUACUACAGUCUCGUGGUCGAGGAAGCUCCUUUGAGGACAUUCCGAUGGUCAGGCCCUCCAGUGAUGUAUCUAUGGGGAUCCCCACGUUAACGAAUGAGCAGAACGAGACCGAAACUACAGGGGUGGCUGUGGCUGGCGCGACUGCUGUUUCCAGUAUCCCCUCGUUUGUCUCGACUGAAGAGGCCGGUUCGAAGGGAAAACCACAGAGAUUUAUGUCGAUCUGGAACGAUCUAGAAUUGCUCUCACUACAGCUACGUGCAUCCGCGAUAAAGGAUCUCAAACCACUUGGCAGUGGCGCUUAUGCUACUGUUUGGUUAGUGCGCUACAGGAAUCUACAACUGCUAGCUUCUAAACGUCUGCGACCUGAACGGCGUACCAAGAAACACACCGCAGCUUUCGUGGAGGAAAUUAAACUGAUAGCGAACUUUGAUCACCCGAAUCUGGUGAGGCUUAUCGGAGCAGCAUGGACAGUUGAAACAGAUCUACAAAUGCUGCUCGAGUACAUGGAAGGAGGCGAUCUUCGACGAUAUCUGGCGGAUCCAAACACUCCAAGUGGAUGGACGACUACGAAGUUCAAUAUCGCCAUUGAUGUUAUUGAAGCGCUCGUGUACUUGCACUCGUUCUCGCCCCCGUUAGUGCAUCGUGAUCUAAAGUCGAAGAAUGUGCUGUUAUCGUCUGACAUGGAAGCCAAGUUGAGUGACUUUGGUACGUCGAGGUUCAGGUCGUCUGAUAAGACCAUGACAGGUGGCGUUGGUACAGGGCGGUGGCUGGCUCCCGAAGUUAUUAGAGGCGACUCUGAUUACGGCCCUGCUGCUGACAUUUACAGCUUCGGUACCCUGCUUACAGAGCUGGAUACGAAUCAGAUCCCGUACGAUAACGUUCGUGCUUCAAACGGCAAGAUCAUGUCGGACUUGACGAUUCUGCACCGAGUAGCGACAGGAAAGCUCCACCCUAAAGUUCGAGCAACGUGUGGUAAGGCAUUGAAAGAUUUGGUGGAGCGAUGUCUCCUUGAAGACCCGGCUGAACGACCGACUGCUCCUGCUAUUGCGUACGAGUUACGGGUGAUUCAGCAAGAAAUGGCGGGAGCUCGCUAGAUGAGAAGUAACUAUGAAGGGAAGUGGUGUGAUUUAGUUAAUGAUGUAGUUGAUGUGAAGGUUUUAGUAAAACGUUUAAGAACUUGUUUGUAUUGUGAUCGGCACUCCGGAUGUCUAAAUUGCGAGUAAAUAACAUAGCUACACAAAGUUUACCUGGCUCAUUCAAUUUCGGGCUG